CAUGUCCAAAUCCGUUGACACACGGAAAAUAGAGUCAAGAUAGCGAUGCGUAACACUUGUUGCAGCAAGAUAGAGGCCAUUUGUAACAGACCAGUACCUUACAAGACCACCCCCCACGCUGGCCAGUGGCGUAGUGACGACUGUAUUUUAAUAAUUUGUGAGACUUAAAGAGUGAGGGAAAUACUUUUUUCUAUACUUUUUCUUUUCUUUUGGAGAGUGAAAGUCAAAUCUGUUGUUACUGCGACGACACAGUUUACCAGUAAUCAACGCGAAUCUAAACUUCAAACAAUACAACCAACAUCACAACAUGCCUGAUCAGGAUGUAUAUCGAAAAGUCGGCCGAGGCGGCGCCGGGAAUUUCGUAUCAAGCAAACCUGAAGAUGCCGCCAACGCCGAUCUUGAAGCACAGAACCUAGCAACAGAAGAAGUCCAGCCAUCCGCCAACGCCCCAUCACGAGCUGGCCGCGGUGGCUUCGGCAAUUACGUCAAUCCAGAAGAACUGCCAGAUGCCAAAGAGCAGGACGAGAUGGCUCACAAGACUGCUGCGGCUGUGAAUGCAAGUCUCAAGAAGAAUCACGUUGUGAGGGGAGGGCUUGGUGGGAGAGGUGGAGCAGGAAACUGGAAACAUGCUAUUUCGUUUGAAGAAGAGGAGAGGAUGAGAGAAGAAGAGAGAUCGAGAGGUGAGCAAUUGGCCAAGAAGGUGAAGGAGGAGGUUGAUAAGGGUCUAAGAAUGCCUGAAAAGGCACAUCAUGGACAUCAUGUUAAGCAUAACGAACAAUGAGGCUUGCUAAUGGCAGUGGGACGGUCGGGACUUGUGUUAGAAUGCUUAGAGCCGCGUGGAUUUAUUAUACUUGUUAAA